AAACCCAUGGGCAGCUCAAUGGAAACCACCUUCCUUUGCACGAGCGGCCUCGUCCUGGACACGGCACUCUUGUGCGCUCUAUUGAGAAGGAUCUUCAGGACAUUAUGAAUUCUCUGAAUAUGGAUGAAGGCCAGACUUCCUCAUCUCAGCAAUGUAAAAAAGCCCGCCACCCCAUUCCACAGUCUGCCAUGCUCAACGGGAGCGGCCACAGUCUUGUCUCCCCUCCAACCAGUCCUGGUAUUUUGUCCGUAAGCUCCAGCUAUGAAAAUACCAGUCCUCCUUUCUCCCCCCUCUCCACCCCUUCUGUGGUUAGCAGUCCAGGGGCUUGUUUGGACUCCACUAAUACCCGUUCCACCAGCUACACCCACACCGUCCAGGCCCCGGUGCCACAGCCACGCACUUUUGCAUCCAAAGCCAGCAGUUCCAACGGAGGGCUAAAGGAUCAAGAAAGUUCCAGGCUUCAAAAAGCCUUGACUGAAACCCCCUCAAGCCCAGCGACAAACCGUAGAGGAUCUUCUAGCCCUAGAUCCAGUGUUGGCUCAUCAGUCCAAGAAACUUCUUCCAGUCUUCAGCCCCAUUCACGUGCACUCCUUCCUCCAGACAGUCCCCAGUCAACCCGUCGUGGUGUAGAACCAUCCAGCAUGCGUGAACUUCCUCCUCUCAGCCCGUCCACAGCACGCAGAGGUGUCCUUGGGGCGCCAGUUCUCCCUGGAGCUCUGCCCGGCGUUCCUUUGACCUCUCGUGGCCGGACUGUACCAGAGGGUCCUCGUCUUCAACGACGAACCACGGCUGAGGAAGAAGUAGGAAGUACGAAAUUGCAUGCCAGAAGUCCAUCUCCUGUAUCUGCUCUUUUGAAGGACCAGCCUUGCGGUAAGCAGAAGGGGGGUCUCUCCCCAGCUCUAGGCUCUCAGACAGGUGUCUCUCCCCUCACUAGUCCCCGUAACCAGAGAAAGAACUCCAGGGAGCCUCGGCAGGUUCAGCCGCGCACACGCGAACGCAAGAACAGCAUUUCAGAGGUCAGCGACAAAGAAGAAGACCUGCUGGAGUACCAUCGCUGGCAAAGAGAGGAAAGGAUGCGUGAGCAGGAAAUGGAGAGGCUG